AUGGGAUCGACUUCGCUUCCAGUGAGAAAGGCGGGCCACGACAGCAUGACAUUGGAGCUCCGGCGGCCUGUGCUUGCUGAUGAGACAGUGGCAGCAGCUUCCCAGGGGACUGCCAAGAUGGAAGCGACCGGCCCUGCCCUUGCAGAUGCGUCGGCAGUGAGUGGGCCUGAGAAAGCUCACGAAGCACCCGAGAAUGCCAUUGGGGCUGCCAGGACGGAGGUGACCAGCCCGGACCCUGCAGACACAUUGGCAGUGAGCGGGCAUGAGCAGGCCAUUGGGGCUCAUAUGAGGACAUGCUUGUCUGAAGCCCGGCAGCAGCCGGAAUACGCGGCAAGUGAGGAGCAAAGCCAAGCUCCGCUAUGGGGCGCAUCGGAUGACUGGGCGCUGCUCCGGCCAGUGCUGCAGUCUUACCUGCACGAGGACUCAGCGCCGCUGCCCGCAGAUGUCACAGUCGUCCCAGCCGCUUACUUCCGAGACGCAGAGUUCUUGAUUCCGAACCCGACCGCGGACUUCGUGCUUGUGUCCGGGGGCAUGGACAACACGCUCCACGAGCACGCUACUGGAGGGUGCCACUUCAUGCCCUUGAUUGCACUUGACCAGGGGCGUGGCUGGCUAAAGCACAGUGUUGGCCAGUCUCGGUGGAAAGACAUGGUUUGCGCAGUGGAAGGCAGAUGCGCUGAGGCAGUUGUUGUGGACUGGGUCAGAGAUGGCGGAGAUUGCUACUUUCACAGUCUGCUGAUCGCCCUGCACUGCAAGGGCGUCCUCUUGAGGCGCGGCCUGUGCUUUGAGGACCUGUUUGCAGAGGAGGAAGCCACAGAUGUGAUGCAGCCAGACCCAUCUGAUGCCAUGCUGCAGAAGUUGCGCGCCGGGCUGUCGCGUGCAGAGUUUGAGGAUCUUCUCUUCCCCGACCGCUUGUUCGAAGGCUUGCGGAGCAAGCAGGAGGUCUACGACACCGUGAAGGGCAACCUGUCCGACAUUUGGUCGGACACCAGGACACACCGUCAGCUGGCGGCUGAGGAAGACCCUGAUCUGCGCCUCUGCGCGGCGACUCCCAUCGCUGAAGCCAUCCAUGCCCUGGCUAGGGCGAGGGGUGUGCAAGCAGAUGCACUCAUGGCCUGUGUGGACAGCAACAUCGGCUUCCUCGAGCAGGCCGGGACUGUUCUUUGCCACAAUGUCCGCGCCAAGCACUUCAUCAGUCCGGGCAGCGCAGUCAUCAUUGGAUCCGCAUCGUCCACGCGCAAGAGUGCCCUGAUCAAGCUGACGGAUGAGUGGCUCUGUGAUGUUCCGCAUGCAGGUGAAGAGUUCAGGGACCGUUCGAUCCUGACCACUGACAGCACCACCAAGGGCAUCAGGAACUGCCUGAAAGAGUUCGGCCGCUGCGGGGUCUCCAGCGACGAAGCAGCCAACACAUUUGAAACCAAGAUGUCCGAUCGUGACGCAGGUCUUCAUUUCAUCUCCAUGACCAAGCUCAACACUUGGACUCAGUCCGAAUAUGAUGGCCCCACCACUGGCCAUGGUUCUUUUAGCCUGAGCCAGUACCAGUUCUUGCUGAAAGCCGCUGGCCAGACCGAAGUGGUCGAACAGAUCAUUUUUCCCAAGGUCCACGGCUUUCAAAAGAGGCUGAAGCAGAUCUGGGUUUCAGGCGAGCUGCAAACUCAGGACCAUCAGGUAUUUGCAGCCAGUGAUUCCUUGCUGCACGACUGGCACAGCUUUAUGCACAGGAUGUGCGUUGCCCAGCCGCCCGUGACAGUCUGCCUGGAUGGCCGGGCCCUCAGCAUGUACGAAGCUGCCAAGCAGGCCAUCGCAGACUUCCUCUCCGAGAACAAGCUGCCGCAGGUUUUCAAGACCAAACUGAUGUUCUACCACUCCGAUGCCAACGAGACAGAGAUCAUGCGCCGCCUCCGCAUGUCCUUGGAUGAGUUCAGCGUUGCCUUGCAUAAAUGGAUUAGCCAGGCGCGAACACAUUUUGCCAGCUAUCGGUUCGCUGCCUGCAAGCAGCAAGAGCCUGCCUCAGCCACCAAGCAGGCGGAGACACCGUCGUCCUUGCUCAUCGCUUCUCCAGAAGACGAGGAAAAGCCUUUGAACAGCGAGGACAUCUUCAUGAAGAACUUGAUCUCGCGAGUCCCCAACAACACUUGGUUCACCUCUGCUGAUGUCCGGGGAUGGCUGCGAAACCGCAGGGGGGAUGCUUUCCGUAAAGAUCUCCGCGCCAAGAUUGAAAAGGCGUUUGCCCAUCUCUUGCAGCAUGGCCUCUUGCAGAAGGCAAGCGACAAAGCCACCGGCGCCAGACACACGCAGAGGGCCGCCAAGCGGGCAGCCACCAAGAAGGUCACCGGCAAGGGCGGCCUCACCGUGCGCAAGCGCACCGUGGAUGAGAUCCGUGGAGAAGAAGCGGCUGCUGUAAAGGCUGCUCCGGUCUGCGAUUAG